AUGGAGUUGUACGAUUCAGCCCGCUAUGGAUCGGUGUUUAACAGCAUUUUCCUCUCGACCGAGACGUCCGAUACGAGCGACACAGCGGCAACGGCGAAAAAGGACGCGAAAUCGAAGCUGCUGCUGGAACCCAACCUGGAUCGGUACGAAAUAGCGUCGAAUGCGUCCCGUUUCGGUGUGUACCAUGCUGUCCGGUCGAUUGUGCUGGAACGGGAAACAACGGCACGGCCAACGAUAGCCUCGAUGCGCAUAAUCGAUACGGCACUGGAUGAACCCAAAUCCAUCGGCAGUGGACAAUCGGGUGCGAACCAGCGUGUGCCGCAGAUAGUGCUUGCGGGCUUGGACAGCCUGUACGGGAUAAUAGCGGAAACUCGCCAGAGUCAACCCCGGAUCGCUACCAAAGCGCUACGUUCGCUGUACGACAUACUGCAGGGUCAAGAUCCCGAAGGAAUGCGUCACGAGCCGGAUGCCGUAUUUGGACCACUGUUCGAUCUACUGCUGGAACUGUCCACCAUCAACAGUGCUCCCACGGCGGCGAACGGCUCCUGGUCAUCACUGGCCUGCUCGACGCUGCUUUCCCUUGCCAUUGCGAAGGGUGAUACGGGCCGCAUAGUACGUUCGGUGUCCGCAAUACUGAUGAAUUCGGUGUACGGGUCUACCAGCACUAGUGCCGCCGGUGGUUCCGUCCAGAUGCCGCAGAGUGUCGCCAAACUGCAGCGCACCAUCUUCUCCAUGGCGACGGGCCGUGCAUCUAUUGCGGAUUACUUUCGGUGCGGUGUACCGCGUGGGAGUUUAAUCGGCGAGUUCCGACUUCCGCUAGAAUCUGCCGCCGUGCAUGCAGUUGCAUCCGAUGGCAAAUUUUUGUAUCUAGUCACUGCGAAGGGUUUGCUGAAGAUUGGUUCCGGUUUCAAUGGGACGCAGGAGGGGCUCAUCUACGGUGCGGUCACGAUAACCAAUGCCAAGAACGAGUUGCCUGGAUGGAUCGGCUAUUCGGGGGGCAAGCUCUACUAUGGGCGUAUCAACAAGAUGGCAGCCAAUAAUGGUUGGACGUUUCAGCUGUACGAUCCCACAACGUUGACGGCCUUAGGGACUGUGCAAACGGCACCGAUACCUGCAUUUCAACGUCGUUACGGUCAACUGUUCUCGGAUGGUGAUGCCAUCUGUUGGUUGGGUGCCGUUUCCGACUCUGUGCGCGAUUCGACCGAUCUGGAUGAUCAGGAGGAGGACAUCCUGGUCGUGAAGCAGCUGUACCCUCCGAUGGUUAGCUCCAGUUCGGGCGGCUCCACACAGAACGACACUCGUCCAGAGUUGCGUUUAAAGUUGGCAAAAAACCGAUAUCAUACGUACGGUUGGGCCGCCUUUGAAGAAGAACUAGUCGAUAAUGGUGGAUAUCAGCAACCGCCGGGUGGAUUGGCUCCUCCUGUGUUGGAAAGUAACCCCACUGGUGCAGGGAUACAAUCAAUUUCCUGUGGGAAGGAGUUUGGUUUGGUACUGGUAGACGAUGGUAAAGUGCUGUACUGGGGUCGUGGUACUGCGCUGGGUCUAAAAACAUCCGCCAACGUGUCCGGUGCGAUAGGAUGUGUUAUGAGUGCCCCGAAGGCAACCGUUUCGAUGAAGCUGAAUGAACUGACGGCAUUACCGAAGGGUAUCACCUGCUUCCGGCAGGUUGCGGUCGGUCACGAGGCAAACCAUGGGUUACUUUUAACCGGUGACGGAACGGUAUACUUUACCGGUACGGCAAAGCGAGGCGAAGAUGGUGAACUGGCCAAAACAAACCGACGGCAACCAAAGGCAAUCAAGCCGAAGCGAUUAAACAAACUGGACGGGCAAACGAUCACGUUCGUGGCCUGUAACAAUGGCACAUCGGCCUUUGUGACCAAAGAUGGCAAACUCAUCAUGUACGGUAAGGACACUAACUACUGUGAACCGAACGGUGUUGUUGGCGGAUUGACUGAUGUAGUGAUACGGAAGGUGGCCCUCGGUAAGGCCCAUUGCGUAGCGUUGGAUGCGCUGGGACAGCUUUACACAUUUGGCCUCAACAAUAAGGGACAGUGUGGUCGAAAAUUUCAGCGUGAACGUAAUGUGGAUGAAUUGAUGACUACUAAUACAAACAACCAAGCGAAUGUAGGACAGUUAACGAACGGCACAGCAACGAAUCAGACGAAUGCGUUGAAUGCAACUAACGCCCCAUGUAACGCUUGUCACGCAACGCCCUCAGUAGCGCAUGCCGAACCACCGGCAGCUUCUGGGGCCAAGUGCGGUUGCGGUUGCGGAUGUUGCUGUCACUGUGGUAACGCCGGUACGGGAAAUAGCACCGGCACAGCCAAUCCUAUCUCUUCCAACGAUCCGGAUACGCCGCGUAUCGUACCGGUACCACCGCAGCGUGUCGAUUUGCCCCAUUCCGGAAAUGAUCCGCGCCGUCCACCGAUCGUGACACAGAUCGCCUGUGGACAGCAUCACUCGUUGGUGCUGACUUCCGCGGGAGAAGUGUAUAGCUUCGGUAGCAAUCAGUACGGGCAGCUAGGAACCGGCGAUCUUCAAGCACCGCCCGGCGGUAGGCCACAUCUAGUUCGCUUUCCGAACGGCGCUGGUACGGUGGUAUCUGUCGCUGCCGGUAGUAAUCAUUCCGUGGUGCUAACGAGUCGAGGCGCCGUUUACACGUUUGGCAAUUAUCAUAAGGGACAGCUCGGUCGGGAGGCACCGGGUGGUAGGCUGGACAGUGUGAGUGAUGGAAACUUUUUCUGGCACUGUGGGCCGGUUGCGAUCGAUUCAUUCGGUCCGGGAACGGGACGCCGUGCAUCAUUCAUCGCGGCGAGCGGAGAUCAAACGUACAUAAAGGUGGAAGAAUCUCUUAUCAAUGGAGCAGCACUGGCAAAGUACAGCGUAACGGCGGAUCGAUCAACAAUUUUGCUUAUUCCGAACAAUCAGUCACAUUUGGCCGGUUCAAUAACGAUUGAUCGCCGUACCGGACAUUGCCGUGCGCAUCGAAUGAACCAGUUCGAUGCACGUGUCGAACUGAUCGCUUCAAACGUAAGCGUGAAGGAAGCGUAUCGAAGAAAUCGGUGGCAUUUCUCAUUUACACUCGAUCCGUUGUUUAAUGUGUUGUGGUGUUACGACGCGAUCCGAAAGCGCAUGCUGAUCUUUAACCCCAUUGCGUCGGAACUGUAUCGCCGCAAGUCGCGGCGUAGACAUCAACCGAACCAACACGCGUACCAAACGGACUGUGAGAAGGGUGAUCAAUCGCGGUACGGAACACACGAAACACUUACCGUGUUGAGUCCGGAAAUAGCACUUCCGCAGCGAUGGAAUGGCUGUGAAGUGCCACGAUUUCAGCUGGCGCUUAAUUUACUGGCCUGCUUGGAUGUGCUGACGGAGGCUACCGAGCGACUGGGUGCAACCGGUCAGUGGCCACCGUUCGAACCAACGCUGGAUGGAUCCGCAUCUGGUGGAUCCUCAUCUUCACCGCUGGAUGGUAAUGUGAACGUGAAUGCAUCGGAUUGGUUUACAGGAUCACGAAAUGGUGGUGCUGCAACAUUUGGCAGUGGCCGGCAGGUGAAACUUUGCGAUCUUGCACCGGAUGACGAUCCGCAAGAGGAAGACGUACCCGAGCAUCGUUCCGUGCUGCUCACACCAACCUUCGGGUCUGGCAGCAUUGACGAGGAAGUGCCCGCGAUCCCGAUGCUAAAUCGUUGGAAUAUAGGCAAUGCGGAUGUCGCCAGCAAUGGAUUCCCUGCCCCGAAUGUCGUCAGCGAAAGCCGAUUCCCGUUCCGGACGGGUCGGGCUAAGGGUCCUACCAACGGUGUUGCCGCAGGCAGUGUGCAGUACCGUCGCAAGAAGGCGGGUGCUGGUGGUGGAAUUGGUGGCACUGCUGGUGGCACUACCCAUAGUCACACGCUCAGUAACUCCUGCACGGAAGAUAGUGUGGUAGCGUUGUGUCCCAUAUCGCGACGAUUCGCCACAGGCAUUAACCGUGAAACGUUCGAAUCGCUAACGGCAUUGUUGAGCUGGGCGUGGAAUGCUUUCCGUAAUCUUUCGGGCGAACAAAAGAAGGGUUCCGGUGGUGGAACGAAGACUUUCACCACCAACCCAAUGACGACGAACAAUGCUGGUCUGAUUGGGGAAGCGAAGCUCAUCGUUCGGCUCUCGUUCAUCUGUAGAGUGUGUCUCCGAUUGCUCCGCCGUUACUUGAACGCGAUCUAUCAUCCGACCGGGUCCCGAACAUCCGAGGACGAUGCCGAUGCAAACAUCGAAGAUCAGUUACGAUCGGAGUUUGUGAAUCCUUUCGGUACACCACAUCAAACCACCUGUUCACCGAUGUCUUCGUCAACGGUUCAUCCCAUGGCAUCUUCAAUUACCGGAAACCAUCAGUCGUUGGCAAUGGCAGUGGUCGAAAUACGCACACUGCUGAUCGACAUCCUGGCCGAUCGCGUUACGCUGCCCGCAAUGGAACGUUCCAUGAGACGGCGAGUUUGCAAGGCAAAACGUGAAGUCCUCGCCGAAUGUCACCGCACAUUUGUCCGCUGCUUUGACAUAUUUUAUCCAACGCCCCCAUUGAAAUGGGAGGUACUGUGCAGACGGCUACUGCUGUUGCGUGAGACAGAUCCAGGUGGAAUUCAUCGAACCACGGGUCGUCUGCUGCUGAGUGCCAUUUUGGCUGGACUUUGUCAACCGUCUGUGAAUCUUCGUGUUACCUUCUCGAUAUUGAUAUCACCCUCGCAAUCUGCACCGGUUCCAACGGGUUCUGGCUCUAGUCGACCACAGUCAACCAGCUCGGGAGCGCUUAUGAUCUCACGCAACCGUGACCUGUUGGCGAGUUUAAUAGAGCAGAUGACAAGUACGGUCGGUGCGUCGAACAGCGCAGACACUGGAGGGCAGUCUGGUGUUCCGCAUCUGCCCGAUUGGCAUUUUCGAGAUGUGCUGGAGCUGUUGCUGGAGCUCGUGUCGGAUCCGGUGCGCAGAAAGCUGGACCGGAUCGGACGCCAUCGGCGUCGUGGUAGUAGCAGCAGUGGCAGUAGCAACAGCAAUACCAGUAGUGCUAGCAGUUGUCGUAGUAGCGAAGGUGUCGACUACGAUUACGAGCUGGAUGAUGAUGAGGCAACGGAUUUGGCCGAAAACGGGGGUCACGAUGGGGGAACGUUUGCGCGAGAUGAUUACGAGCACGAGCAGGGAGACGUCGGUAAAGGUUGGCCAUUGUCCAGAGGGUAUCGCAACGAAUCGCUCACCGAAGGUGACAGCGAUGGUGAGGAAGACGAUAGCGAUCAGGACGAGAGUCAGGAUGACGAUCAAAACCAGGAACGGUUGCUGAUCCGCAAUGGGUGUCGUCUGCUAGCCAAGCUGCUGUCGGAAAUUAUUCACCAGGCUCCGAUGGGUGGCAGCAAUCGGCUGUUUAGUACCGGCAGUCGCUUCGGAAAGGUUGAUCUUGGCAAGACGUGGAAUACGGGGAACUUUGGACCUGAUGCGAUCGCCUUCACCGUUGAUCGUUCGGGCAUAUCGAUUGUGGGCGCAUGUGUAUAUUCCGGAUCUGGAAGCUACGAGUAUCAGUUGGAAUUGCUCUACGAUAGUCAUCACUCGACCCACUCACACACCUACUCUCAUUCCCAUCGUUGGGAAGUGUUGGAAUCGAUCGUGGGAUCGUACGAUCAAACGGCCGUAAGACAACACAUGGCCGAACUGCGCUUCAAUCGAGCCGUGCUACUGAAGGAAAACCAUCGUUACGCACUACGUCUAUGCAGCCAGGGUGCGAGGACUCUUUCCGGGGAUUGCGGGCAAUCAUCGCUUCGUGGACCAUGCGGCACAGUAACAUUCCGCUUCUAUCCGUGCGAUUUAAGCUUCAACGGUACAACACCGUCCCGUGGACAAAUACCGGCCAUACUGUACUACUGCACUCCAGCUGGAGGUUCUUCAGGAUUUCCGCAUGGUGGGAUGAACAUUGGCAUUGGCCGCGAAUUGGGUAACUGCCGAACACAGGCGCGUGAUCUUGCGCUGGAAGUAGCAAGAGCUAUUGUAGGCCGGUGUCGCGAACUGCUCACCGUAGCCCAUGAGCUUGCGCUGUGGACUUCUGCCUCGCCGGGAAUGCGUGCACCAUCUUCGUCGGAAACAUCCUCAACGCCCUCAUCUUCUGCAUCGUCCGGAGUGGUUGGUAUUGGUGGUGCUGGCGGUGUGAUCGGCAGUGGAGGUGCCGGUGGAGUUGUGGGUGGCGGUGUAGCCAUUGACUCAGAGCAUAACAUAACUCCGAUCGAGGAACAUUUGGACGUAGGCUCUACCGGGUUGGUCGGUGUGAUCUCCUCGAAUGCGGCAGCAACGACCAUCGAACGUACAAGACGUACGAUCGGUAAAGUGCUCCCAAAAGGACUGCUGGAAACGCUGCGCGGAAGCAGCGGUAAUGCUGGAUCGGGAAUUUCCGCUGGCACUCCUUAUGAUCCAUAUGAAAUUGAUUCCGCCUCUGAGGCAACGGUUGGUGGAAUAGUUAGUGGUGGUAGUGCCGGAGGGGGAGGCAGCGGAGGAGCCAGUGGAAGUGCCGCGGGAAGUGGUGUUGGAAUGUCGGCGGCCAACGGAAAUGAAAUGGAGCUACCGGCUGGCGCUGCCAUGGUACUAGCGGUUCCAAUUCGCAAACGAACCGUGUGGGAUCUGUUCCGAUCGCGCACAACACGCUCACCGUCGGUGGUGAACUGUCUGUUUCGGUAUUUGCUACCCCUAACGCUGGCCCAGCUGGAACGUUGCAUUCGAAUGGAUUUGAAAGUUUCCGUAGAGGUACUGUCCAUGGUGCAGGACAUUCUACCACCCAUAACGGCGCUGAACGAACUGCGUCGUCAAAGACACGUCGGCAAGUGCUUCACUCACAUGACGAACAGUGGUGCGAAUGCUACAACGACGAUCACCUCAUCGGCUACCAGCAUGAAUACGACCAGCCCACACUACUGCAUCCUGGAAAGUGAUCAUCCGUAUAAAACGGCAAGCCUAACCGCGUACCGUGUACGAUUUCCGGCAACGGUGCGCUGGAUGUGUCUCACCUUCGAUGCGCAGUGCGGUACGGUGCAAGAAGAGGAUCGAGUUAAGGUGAAAAUUCCCAAUCGGCGUGGUGAUCGUGGCAAUACCGGCAAUGAAAAGGACGCUUUAGAUGAUUGGUGCACGGUACGGAUGUAUAAUACUCCCUCCCGCUGGGGUUAUGGUGGUCCGGGCCGUGCUAUGGUGUUGCCUGGGCGUGAGGUAGAAAUUUCGCUCGAGUCCUGUUCGACGUACGUCAACGAACCCAAACAACAGUCGUACGGAUUCAAAUGUCUGGUGAUUGGGUAUGAAAAUGCAGAUCAGGUCCCGGCAGGUGAACACGUUGACGCGCAUCACGCUAUUGUGGAAGGUGCUAGUGGAACGGCCGGAGGUACUCUGAUCGCGCUGGAACAUGAGCUGGCACAUCUCGGUGGCCGUUGUGCACGCAAUUUGUUGAGGAAAGAGUUGCGCUUUGACGACGAUCCGGACGAUAGACUCACCGAACCAGAAGCAGCCACACUGGAACGGUACGGAACUACACUGCUUGCCAAAGGACUGAUGGUACCGGACGCCAUGCUGGCUAUUCGCAAUGCUCUCGACUGCCAUCUUCCGGUGCUCGAAAAGAAUUAUGAAAAACAGUUCCUGCGUGACUUCAUAUACGUGGCGGCAGGAUCGCCUGGGGCACGUUUGGCCGCUUGGUUACAGCCGGAAUCCCGGCUGGACCCUAGCCGGUGUGAGAUAAAAAUUAUUUCACCCCAAACGCCACCACUGCGAGCGGGUUGGCCAUCACACUUCCGGCUGGAAACUCGCGAUCAAUACGGGGAAGAGAUUUUCGUGCCCGGCAUAAAGAUUGAAGUAAAGGCAUCCCUUCGACGCGAUACAUCAGUUAACGCAAUCACACCGAAAGUGUCGCCCGGAACACCGACCACCGCCACGCCACCGUCCGUACCGUACGAGCCUACGUACAAAGAGAAGGAAAAGAGCUGUCUGCAGGCAAUCAGCGCCAUGCGCCCGUAUCACGGCUAUUCGUUCGAAGAGUUGCGGCUGUACGCGGCGAACGUAAGCAGCGCCAGCAUCACCACUGCCGCGACCACGGAAAUCUUGACGGCCAAUGAUUUGGGUAAAAAUAAGUACGGCUUCGUGUGGACGCCGAUGGUUGCGGGUGCGUACGAACUCACGCUCCAGAUCGACGGCGUACCGGUGGUGGUGGAGGACGAAGAGGAAAUUUACCGCCUGGAGGUAAUUGACGCUGCGGUGCAUCCGGUGGACUGCCCAAGAUGCAUUGCGGCGAGAAGGGUGCACCCACCGACGAAGUUGCGUAAAUUCUUGGCCAAGAAUUCGGCUGGCUUACGCGUGCGUUUGCAUCCGACAUUACAAUCAGAGCAGAUCGGUGUGGUACGCCCGAAUGGUAUCGUCGCAUACGGUGAUGAGCUCGAAAACGAUGACGGCGUUUGGGUGCGUUUGACUGCGGAAUCUAUACGUGAGCACUGCCCAGCAUCUUGGUUCCCGGUUGAGGCAUGGUGUCUACAGUACAACCAACAUCUGGGAAAAACGCUCCUCCAUCCAAUUGUGGACACUUGCUCGACGAAAGUACUGCUGGAGCAUACUACUGCCAAGGAGGAACCCUUAGUCGCCGACACCGUAGAGGACAUUGAGGCGGACGACUGCGAGGGCGACGGCGAAGAGAACGAAAACACCAUCAACUAUGGAGAUUUCCGUAAAGCCGCAACCGCCGCACUGUCCGAAGUUGUUGGCGGAGGAGCCAAGGCACUGCAGAAAUGGUUCCAUCGAUCCGGGACCGAGGGUUCGUUUAUGGACGAAACCACCGGUCAAACAAAGUCGCCACAUCAUCCUUCAGCUAGUCCUACCCAGCAGCAGCAGCAGCAGCAGCAACAACAGCCUAAUGUUCCUCACGGACAGACGCAGCAGCAAGACUUGCAGCAGCAAUCCUUUCACCAACAUCUUCCAAAGCGUGCCCUUUCGCCAUCCGUGGCGGAAACGCUACGUGCCGUGUUUGCGGCAUUCUUGUGGCACGAAGGGCUUGUGCACGAUGCGAUGGCCUGUGCCUCUUUCCUGAAGUUUCAUCCAACCAUUUCGAAGACGGCCGGAAUUGGAAUUGGUGGAGCGCCGAUUGGAGUUGGCAAUCAGGCGGGUGAGUUACCGAUUCCUGCCGUAUUAACCCGCGAACAGAAGGUACUCCAGCGUCACUCGGUGGAGUUCUCUAAUGCCACGCUGGACGCACUGGAGCGGAGCGGUAAUCGAUGCAUUAUGAACCGUAGACAUCGUGGCAUCGGUGCUGGAUUCGUUGCCCUCGAUGGGGGAGGACCCUCGUCAACGAUCGUAUCAAAUCCAGUACCACCGGUAGCGUUGCGUUGUUUGGUCCACCUUUGGGAUCAGUUGGGUUCGAACUUUGUGCAGCUUGUCGAGACGAACUCAAACGACAAGCGGAAUGAUGAUGGUCAUGGUGGGAAAGAGUGUGGUCCACUGCCAGCACCAGUGUCCAAUACGGGAACUGCCAUCCCACCUGCAAGUGUUCCGGACGGUAGUUACUGUGAGCUGUGCCGUACGGUACUCCACUCAAUUCCCGUAACGUAUCACAUGCGAUUAGCCCACCCGGGUUGUGGACGUCCUGCCGGUGGUCAGGGUUACAAUUCAAACGGAGUGUAUUGUGAAGGUUGGGCCGGAGAUUGUGGAGACGGCGGACAUGGUGUCUCGAGUUGGUAUCUGCUGUGUGAAGGAUGUCGGAAACGAUACGAGGGAACCACACCGGUACCACUUCCCGUCGGUCCCCAAACAGCUCUGUCGGCAGCUGCGGACAGAAGAAAUGAACCGCCCCGUUCGACACUACCUUCGGAACUGUUUGCAAUGAUGAAGGAAAAUGCCUUCUUCCUGCUGGAUCUGGCCCCGGUAGAGUCAUCCGCCUGCAGUACAAGCACAACGGGCAGCAGUGAAGCAUCUCUCACCGAGGUAACGGACGCAUCGGAAUGGCCAGCACCCCCGGAUCGACCGGCUUGUCUGGGAACGUUUGUGGACUCUGAAUCGUCACAUCAGACAGCGGCCCGCUUUCCCAACGAUGGUGCUCCGGGAAGCUUUCUGCCACUGUCGGGUGGAAAGUUUCAUCGUAGUGUAUCGAUGGGUCAAGGUGCUGGACCUUCGGUGGUACUGCGACGUCGACAGCGUCGUGAAGAUGAGCGCUCUGAUGCUAAUCUUUUGAACCAUCCUUCCGAGAAUCUGCGCCGGUUAGUACCGUUGGAUGUUGGUGUGCCCAUCGGUGGUGGUGCUGCGGGAGAAGCGAGCAGUAAUGGUACCCAAGCGGGUCUUCUUGGACGACCAGCGAUGGUGUUCAUUUUGGAGCGUCACAAUCUGGAACGUUUGCGUCGAUUGUUGAUAAGGCAGUUGCGUCGUUCGCUCUGCCACCGGUACAGUUUGCAAGGGUUUAACUGGCUGCUGCGGCAACUCACGGAACCGAUCGGACUGCAUGAUGUUAUGUGGUGGUUUGUGUCAGCUCUCACCACCAGCGAUCUGGAUGUCGAUCCUGCUGAUGCGGAUUCGGAGCUUGGUCUAGAACACCCCGCAUCCAGCUGCGAAGGCCAUCUAGGGCGUGGAAUUUCGCGGGCACUUCACGCCUUCCUAUCAACUGUGUCUGAGUUGACGUUGCACUUUCCACUCGGAUCACCUCUACAGCGCAUGGCUGUGCAGUGUUUCGGUUUGCGGUUUGUACCAUCCGAUCAUCAGUUUUUGCAUCGUGUGAAUGUGUUUGGCAACAUUUCGCGCAUCCUCUCGAAAUCGGAGGAAGAGGAGGAACGUGCGCUGGAGACACAGUCAGUGCGUGAUCACCUGCUAGGCGUCACCGACGAGGCACCGAUCGAAGUAACGCUAUUUCAAGACGUUACCGAUCUGUAUGAGCUUACCGUUUCGUCUCGUCCAGCACUCGCUCAGGCAUUGCUGGACAACUCAACGGAAACAUUUUGGGAAAGUGAUGAAGAGGAUCGUGGCAAACCAAAGACGAUCGAACUCAUUCCGGGUGGUCGAGCAGGUUCUUCCGCGCCGGGAGCUGGUUGUCAGUUAUCACUGAUUGCUGUGCAUGUGGACAACAGUAGAGAUGUUGCGUGCAAAGUGACAUCGCUCUUGCUUUACGGUGGGUCGCAUUUAAAUAGUGUGACAGGUACAGGUGAACUAUCAUUAUUACGCACGAUAGAGAUCGAUCCGGCUGCCUGUGCUUGGCAAACGGUUCCAAUAUCUGCAAGCACAACCACGAGCACUCCAACCAGUGGACAUUACCGUCUCGAAAUUCGGGGCCCCGAUGCAACGUUGCGUAUCCGCCAGGUGAAGCUUUAUGGCACUCGGUCAGGCAACCCUGCAUCCUCGUCCGUUCCAAGUGCGUCUUCGCUUCCUACACCACGUCAGGUUCAGUCACGCCUGUGUGAGCAGGAAACACUUCGCGUGUUCCGUCUGCUAACUGGUCAGGUGUUUGGCAAGCUGCUGGAGGAAACUUCUACACUUAUCGGCAAUUCUGGUAAUGGAGUUAGUAACGGUAGUGGCGCUAACGUCAAUAGUGGUUCAGGUGAAGUUUGCAGUACGGAACUCUCUCCGCUUCCAUCCCUGUCGGAAUCCAUACACGAUCUUCGUGAGCAUGCAGUGGGCAUUCUGUUUAGCCGACGCAAGCUCAGCCAUCUUCAGAAGCAAAUCAUUGUGCACGUGGUGCAGGCAAUUGAACGCGAAACGGUGAAGGCGCGAGAUGCAUGGGAACUGCUGCUAAAUGGAGAGGUCAACAUCCCUACAACAUACAACGAUGCGUACUGCUUCGAGAUGCUUAGCAUGGUGCUGGCCCUUUCCGGAAGUUCUGUUGGGCGUACGUAUCUUUCGCAACAGCAUCAUCUGCUCAAGGAUUUGCUGUCACUUGCCCAUACAGGAAGUGAUCGUGUCCAGCGUCAAGUGACGGCGCUCAUUCGCCGUAUACUACCGGAGCUUCCGUCAGACAACGUUCCUCACAACACUACGGACAGUAGCGUUCCUAAUCAACAUUCCGUGGAUACAGACUCCGAAGCCUUACUAGAUGUGCUGCUAGCGUUAAUAGCAAAAUCACUGCAGGUGCAGGUGAAAGUAAAGAAUGGAUCGAACGGACAGCACCAGCAACCGUCCCAACAGAGCGUUCCACCCUCGUCACUUGCUACCACUGUCGUUAGUUUGGCAAGCGUAACAUCGUCCUCGUCGCAGAUCCUUACCACGGGCACUGGAAGCGUUAGUCGACUGCAGCGCCACCGUUGGUAUCUGCGAGGUUCUAUCGCAGCCAAACAGGCCGAGAGUAUUAUAGCGCUGGUGCGCGACAUGGCCAGUGGUAAGCUGUCUGAACGGUGGGCAACAGCAUGCCGGUCAGCUGUAGCUAGCUGUCUGCUGAAUGUGACCCAACUGGAAGAGGAGUAUCGUCGUAGUGCGGAUACGUGUAUCUGUACCGCCACACUGUGGUUAGCGUUAGCAGCACUCUGUGUAAUAGAUCGAGAACAGAUAGAUCGACUGUCUUCCAACCAAUGGCAUCGACAAUCGGAAUCAAACAGACCACUGUGUAGCAACCACGACGAUGAGGUUACAUAUGCCGUCCUCAACUGUGCCCUGUGUGGCUCACUGUGUGCUGAUUGUGACCGUGUAUUGCAUCUUAACCGGCGCACUAGAAACCAUCAUCGUGCGGUUUGCAAAGAGGAACAAGACGCGAUCCGUGUCGAACUGCACGAAAGCUGCGGACGGGCCAAACUCUACUGGUUGUGGGCGGUGGUAGAUUCGCGCACGCUCAAGGGCAUGCUCGAGUUUCGUGGGCACGAUCCGAGCGCAGGCUGCAGCACCGUACCGGUCACGGCCACCGGUGUUGGCGUGUGUCGUUUCUGUGGUGCUACGGGUAGCAGCGGUCUGCUGGCACUGGGCAACAUCUGUCCCGAUGCCCAGUGCCAGGAGUACGGUGCGGUGUCCUGCACCAAGGUGCAUCCGCGCUGUGGGCACGCGUGCGGUGGCAUUAUCAACGAAGGUCAAUGCUUACCGUGCCUGGUGCCGAACUGCCAGUCCGAGGGAGAUUCGGGUCAGUACGGGGCGAGUAUGCAGCCCCGUCUGACCCAGGACGGUGAGGACAUGUGCAUGAUCUGCUUCACGGAAACACUCGGUACGGCACCGUCCAUACAGCUGCGCUGCGGUCACGUGUUUCACUACCAUUGCUGCAAAACCGUUCUAAUGCGCCGCUGGAACGGUCCGCGGAUAAGCUUUGGCUUUGCCCAGUGCCCCAUCUGUAAGGUAGACAUUGAGCAUCCAUCGUUGGAACCAUUUUUGGCACCAAUCGUCGCUUUGCGACAGGAUGUAAAACGAAAGGCACUGAUGAGGCUGGAAUAUGAAGGUUUAGCCAAAGCGGUAACAGCCGAUGGAACAGAUCCUACUCGUUACGCGAUGGAACGAUACGCAUAUUACGUUUGCAGCCAGUGUGGAAAGGCUUACUACGGAGGUGAAGCACGUUGCGAUGCCGAGCUGGGUGAAAACUUCAACCCUCAGGAACUGGUGUGUGGCGGUUGCAGCGAUGUAUCGAAGGCAAAGAUGUGUCCCAAGCACGGUAUGGACUUUCUUGAGUAUAAGUGCCGAUACUGCUGCUCGGUGGCUGUGUUUUUCUGCUUCGGCACAACGCACUUUUGCGACACGUGCCAUGAUGAUUUUCAGCGUUUGACCAACCUACCGAAGGGAAAGUUACCGCGUUGCCCGGCCGGUCCCAAAGCAACACAGCUGACCGGUGAAGAAUGUCCACUGCACGUCGUACACCCACCCACGGGCGAAGAGUUUGCGUUGGGUUGUGGAAUUUGUCGCAAUGCGCAAACGUUCUGA